UUUAUCUUUGACCACAUUUAUAUUUGUGAAUUUGAAAACAUGUUGUUUAUUUAUUCUGAUUGUACCAAAUGGCCUUAUAAGUUUUAACCACAAGGCUGUCUGGGUUAAUAUUAAAUGAAGUGUAACUCCGCUUAAAUUGUUUGUCAUUCUUAAAAUGUGGACAAACAAAUAUCUGUACUUUUGUGUGUUGUUUUAACUGUUCGACUUGAAGAAGAAGUUUUGAAGUUUUGACAGAGUUUAUGGAAUAUUUUUUAAAUUUUACAACUAGAUUUAAAGAAAUAAAGAAAUAAAGAUGCCACCAAGUUCAGGGGAAUUAUGGGGUCAUCAUUUGAUGCCCUCAACUAUUCAGGUGGACUGUUUAUUGCCCACGGGGAUCAUUAUUCAGGUGGCUGUGAGCCGUGACGAAACACUUGAACGGAUUAAAGCCGAUCUUUGGGUAAAGGCAAAGCUUUAUCCGCUUUAUGAAAGACUAUUGGAACCUGCAUCAUACAUAUUUGUGAGCAUUACCCAGGAUGCACGGAAAGAGGAGUUUUAUGAUGAAACAAGACGAUUUUGUGAUUUACGAUUAUUUCAACCUAUUCUGAAAAUUGUUGAACCAGUUGGAAACAGGGAGGAGAAAAUGCUGAAUUUUGAAAUAGGUGUAACGAUAGGUGUUUCUAUAAAUGAAUUUAAUGAAAUGAAAGACUUAGAAGUGAUGACAUUCCGAAGGAACAUAUUAGACAUUUGUAAAAAUGCAAUAGACGACCGUCAGCGACGGGGUAAGGCAAGCGAGGCCUUAUAUGCCUACCCACCAGAUAUAGAAUCAUCACCUAUUUUACCCUCACAUUUACAGACAAAAAUUAAAGAAAUGAAAAAUGAUGUAGUGGCGUGUGUUUGGGUUGUAUCAGAAGACAAUAGUCGUAGUAAAUUUAGUGUAAAAGUUUCACAUGAUGCUUAUCCAAUUGACGUAAUUGCUGGAACUAUACGACGGAGGAGCAGAAUGAUGGGAAUUUCAAAGGAACACGCUGAACGUUGUAUAGAAGAAUAUAGUGACACUUAUGCACUUAAAGUGUGUGGUUGUGAUCAAUUCUUAUUAGAGGAGCAUCCGUUAAGUCAGUAUAAGUAUGUGAGAGAAUGUAUAGCAAGAGAUAAUAUUCCACAGUUUAUGUUAUUAACAAAGGAAAGUUUAUAUGCAGCGAUAUCACCUAAUAUAUUUAUAACACCAUCAUAUACACAGAAAGGUAUGCAGUUAUUAACAGAAAUUAACCAACAAAAGACAUUAUCUUUGUGGGAAAUUCAUGCCAAACUGAGAAUUAAAAUAUUAUGUGCCACUUAUGUCAAUGUAAAAGAACUUGGAAAGAUAUAUGUUAAAGCAGGAAUUUACCACGGAACAGAAGCUCUGUGUGAAUUCCAAGAUACAAAGAUGGUUGACUCAAACAACCCCCAGUGGCAUGAGUGGUUAGAGUUCUUGUACAUACAGGAUUUACCUAGAAGUGCUAAACUAUGUUUAUCUAUAUGUUAUACAUCUAAGAAAAAGAGGGAACCCUUAUCUUUAGGAUGGGCUAAUCUGCAGCUAUUUGAUUUCAACGACAGACUUAUGAAUGAAAAAGUCAGCUUGAAUCUAUGGCCAUUACCUCAGGGAAUGGAUGACCUAUUGAACUAUGUUGGUCUUCCAGGUUCCAAUCCAGACCAAGAAACUCCAUGUUUAGAGAUAGAGUUUGACAGACUAAGUCACCCUGUGUCAUAUCCUCCAGAGAAACAGAUUGAAGAUUUAGCUCAAUACGCCAUCAGUAAAGAAUCACCCCUUAUUUAUCUGGACACCCCACAAAUACAAGCAAAAGAGCAAGCUAUGGUGGAUGAUAUAACCAGUAGAGAUCCACUAUCAGAAAUAUCAGAACAAGAAAAAGAUAUUCUAUGGAAAUUAAGAGAAUACUGUAUUCGAGUUCCUCAAUCCUUACCUAAACUUCUACAGUCAGUAAAAUGGAAUGAACGGGAGUACGUAGCUCAGUUGUACAUGUUGUUACGACGGUGGCCCAGAUUGAUGCCAGAGUUUGCCAUGGAAUUGCUUGAUUGUUCUUACCCAGAUCUAUGUGUGCGUCAGUAUGCUGUUACCUGUCUGGAUCAUGGAUUCUCUGAUGAUAAAUUACAGCAGUAUAUGUUACAAUUAGUGCAGGCGCUGAAAUUUGAGCCGUAUUUAGACAGUCCCAUCACAAGAUUUCUUCUAAAGAGAGCUCUACAAAAUCAGAAAACAGGGCAGCUGUUCUUCUGGCACCUUAAGUCAGAAAUCCAUAAUACAUCAAUCCAGUUAAGAUUUGGUUUGGUGUUAGAAGCAUUUUGUCGAGGGUGUGGAUCCAAUCUCAAGAUGUUACUGAGACAAGUCGAGGCUCUAGAUAAACUCACCAAACUUACAAAUAUGAUCAAAAAUGAAGUCAAAGAUGACAUUAAUGAAAUUAUGAAGUUUCUUGCCAACCAGUUACAGCAACCAGACUACCAAGAUGGACUGAAAAACUUCUUAUCUCCCCUUGAUAACAGUCAUAUACUAGGAGAUCUAGAUAUUUCGCAUUGUUCAGUAAUGACAUCUAAAAAGAAACCAUUGUGGCUAGUGUUUAGUAACCCAGAUGUCAUGGCUGAUAUAUGGUUUACAGACUACAAACUUAUAUUUAAAAAUGGAGAUGAUUUACGUCAGGACAUGCUUACUGUACAGUUAUUUAAAAUUAUGGACACUUUAUGGAAAAAUGAAGGUUUAGAUCUGAGGUUGAUACCGUAUAGUGUGGUAUCUACUGGCAAAGAUGUAGGUGUGAUAGAAAUAGUACGGGAUUCCUCGACAAUUAUGAGUAUACAACAGAAGAAUGGUAUCCGUGCAGCGGUUCAAAUGGAUUCUCUAGGGUUGUAUAACUGGAUAAUGUACCAUAAUAAAGAUAGAGAAGAACAAGCUAUUUCUAACUUUACAAGAUCCUGUGCUGGUUACUGUGUAGCUACAUUUAUACUGGGUAUUAAAGACAGACAUAGUGGAAAUAUAAUGGUCAGGAAAAAUGGACAGGUAUUCCAUAUAGAUUUUGGACACUUUUUGGAUCAUAGGAAAAAGAAAUUUGGAAUAACUCGAGAAAGAGUACCAUUUGUAUUGACAAUGGAUUUUAUAAGAGUGAUUGCUAGAGGAUCAGAUCAACCACUAAAGCACAAAGAAUUUAAAAAAUUUCAGCAACUCUGCUGUGAAGCUUAUUUAAUUAUUCGUAAAAAUGCCUAUUUAUUCAUCAAUCUUAUGACUAUGAUGUUGUCAUGUGGUAUCCCAGAGUUACAAUCUCUAGAUGACAUAAGUUAUCUUCGUAAAACAUUAGCUGUGGAAGAGAAAGAUGAUGAAAAAGCCUUAAAAUAUUUCAUAGCCAAGUUUAAUAGUGCUUAUUCUGAUGCUUGGACUGUCAAAACUGAUUGGUUGUUCCAUUAUAUGAAAAACAGAUGAGCCAAUCACCGAGGAGUUUAGUGGAAACGUGCAAUAGAAAGGAGUCUAUAAAUAGACACCACACCAAGGAACUUCGUUGAACGUAGAAACUGCUGUUGGAGUUGGAAUAAUUCAGAUUCUUCAUAACAACUAUUUCUGAGUUUAUGGUUGUACUUUACUUAGAAAUACAAGACUGGCUUACGAGGGACCAUAAAUGUUGAUAUGAUUAUUUUUUUCAUUUAAGAGGUAUUUCAUGAGAAAUAGUAAUACUUUGUUGACUUAAAGGAUAUUUUAUAUAGUUCAUAUUGUGUAAAACCCUUAGUUUUAAAUCCUUUUUUUAAAUCGAGUUUGACUUUAUAUUUUGUCCAUUUAAUGGCAACUUAUUUUGCCAAUUUCUUUUGUUAAUAUAAAGGGAAAGUUUUAAGUGAAUAAUUAAAUCAUUAGACGAAGCAAAAGAGCUAGUCCUAAAAACAGAAUAAAUUAUGUUGUAAGUAAAUUAGUCUUAGAUAAGAACAACCUGCUUGAAGGUUAUUAUUACAUUUCAUCAUUGUCUUUUCCAGGCUUUUUAAGGAUGUUUGCUGCUCAGUUUCAAAAUAAAUAACUUUUCAUAAAACUAGUAUAUAUUGAUAGGGGAUUAAUUGAGGAAUCAAAAAAGGGAGAAAAAUAUAGGGGUCAAUGUGCUUGUUUUUCGAGAUAUUGUCCAUUGGAAUUUUGGCGGGAAAAUGUUCUCUCUUGAUUUUUCAUAGCUUUAUCAUUGACAAGUUAAAGUUCCCAAAAGGUAUUAAAACAUAAAUAAGAUUUUAUAAGACUUUUACAAAUGCUUAUAAUUAUACUUGUAAAAGAUUUAUAAAAAAAAAAUGGGGGUCCAUGGGCAAAAUUUCAAAGGCAUUCUAAUGGAUAAAACCAGAGCAUUCGAAAAUCUGACAAAAAUUCCAAAACAUGACAAGCAAACAUCCUUUAAGUAUUUUUCGUUCCAUAGUGCUGUAUUUUAUUCUACCUCAGUGGGAUAUAUUCUGGUACAUUGUAUAUUUUUUUCCAAGUUCCCUCUACAGGUGUGUGGAGUUCUGUCUGUUUUACUUCAUUUAGAACUUUCAUAAUAACCAAGAAAUAAAUAUAAUAUCAAUGGACUUUUAUAAUCUAAAACACUUAAUAAAAGAAAUAAUCAAAAUAAGACCACAUGGAAGUCAUAAAACUUUUUUUAAACUGACACAAUCUGUGUAUAUUAUUCUCAGUACAUAGAAUUAAUAUCAUUAAGAAAAAAAAUGGCUCUCUUGAAAUAUAUACAUUUUUAAAGGCAUCUUUAAUAAGCUCCUAAGUUUUUCUUGUAUCCUUAUCUUUAAAGCAAAGGUUUUCUAAAUGCAUAAUCAUAUGGCUAUUAAACAAAAAAAAUAUAAAAAAAAGAAUCACAAUUAAUUUAUUGGAUUUUAUUUCAAAUCUGUAACCAUAAUUAUGAAGGAAAUUUGUAUUGAGUGAUUGUUAAGUUAAAAAGUAAGAGUUGCUUGAAAGGAGUAGGUCCAGUAAGGACCGAUUUUGGCCUCAAAUUUCAGGUUUAUCUGACAAAAGAUUUUGACCACUUUUCAAACACUUAAAAGUGUCUAUUUCAUUUGAAUCAAUUAGUUUAUGUGAAAGAUUUGAACUGAUUUAGUCAUUAAAAACGAUCCGAUUCAAGCUCAAAUUUGAAAAAUCGACCAAAUAUGCCGUAAAAUGUCACUUUUCGGAUGGUCUAUGUCAAAAAUAAAAGUGGCCGCAUCCGUGUUCAUUCUCAACCUUUAUAUAUGUUAUGUUGUAUCAUAAAAUACAACUUCCAUUUCAAUAUUAAGGAUGAACAUGAUUGUGGCUACUAUUGUUUUACACGAAAACCGUCUAAAAUUUAACUAAAUUGCUAGAAUUGUGAUUUAGCAUGACUUUAAGGUGCCAGUACCCGAUAUAUGUUCAUUGUAAAGUCAAAAAUAGCCCAUAUUUAUGUAGCAGACGCACUCUACUGUUCAAUAAAUAACUAAAAGUUUACUUUUUAUCAAUUUUGUAAAACUGCUACAUUUUGAGGCCAAAAAGGGGUCUUACUGAACCUACUCUAUUGUUGUAGAACAAUGUUCUUUUUGAAUUUUUUUUUUUUUACCAGCCAUGUGCAAUUCGAUGAACAAAUUUGGCCCUUAUUGAGCAACAUGAAAAAGACAUGUUGUACCAUAACAAAUUACACAUUUCCCUUGUUUAGCAUUACAAAUGUGAUAAAAUAUUGGAAUAUAAACAGUUGCUAUAACAUACAGAUAUGAAAAACACCGUAUUUAGCAUCAAUUAUUAAAAAUUAGAUGAAGUUUGAAAGGUUGUUUUCUGAUAAACAGAUGUUUGAGGCAUUUUGGUGCUUUUUCUGAAAGAUAUUUGUUAUUGUUAAAUGUUUGAUAUAAAUAUACACAAAUUUAAUAUUUUUUAAGUUAAUAUUGUUAAAUUUCUGAAUGUUUUUAUAUCCUUGGCUUCAAGUAUAAUUUUGUAAGAAAUUCUGAAUUUCUAUUGAAAUGUCCUAUUUGUGGAAACAGGGCAUUUUAUGUUUGUCUCCCCUGUGAUGUAGUUUUUCGUCUGUUUAACUUUUCAUAGAUGUUUAAUAUGUUAUUGCAUUAGCAUCCUUGCAUUUCAUAUUUCGUUUUUUAGAAGAAUGUGAUGCUCUUUCCUCCUAUUUAUACUUCACAUUAAAACGUUUUUGUCCUGAUAUGUAUACAUGUUAUAUUUGCCAGUGUAAGUUUGAUACCCAUCCAUUUGUCCAGCUUUCAGUGACUUUGAGAAAUAUUAACAUAAAAUCUUAUGAAAAUUUUAUGUAUUUUAAGGGUAUGAAAACUUACAAUUGCAAAGUGCUCAAAAUAUUUUCAGCCAUCUCACAAAGGUUAGACUAUGUCAAAAAGUAUCAACCAAAAAAAGUUGUUGUACAGUAUCUGAAAUCAUAUUGUAAUUGUACAUUGUUGUAACUGGAAACUUAUAGGAUAUCACAUGCAUAUUAUUUUUCAAUGAAUAGUGUCAUAGGUAUUCUUGGUAAGUGUUAGGUUUUUUUUUAUAGAUUGAAUUUUAAAUUGAUACUCAGCUAUGUAUAAAGUUACAAGAGAACCAUUUUUAAAAUCAGAUGCGCAACCAUGUUUCUAAUACAGUCAUAUAGUCGUUUAAAUGUAAAAGCUGGUUUAUUUUGGCAUCAAGGUUUUGUAGAAUUCGAUACAUUUGUGCACCAUAUUUAGAUUGAAUUUUAAAUUGAUACUCAACUAUGUAUAAAGGUACAAGAGAACUAUUUUUAAAAUCAGAUGCGCGACCAUGUUUCUAAUACAGUCAUAUAGUCAUUUAAUGUAUAAACACUGGUUUAUUUUCGCAGCAAGGUUUUGUAGAAUUUGAUAUAUUUGUGCACCAUAUUUUUAUGACUCUCUAAAUGACAGAAUAUCAUGUUAGUUUUCAUAACAUUAAGGCAUUCAUCUCCACUGCAGAUUUUCUACUGUUGUAUUCUCAGGUUGUAUAAUUUGUAUUGUAUUUCUGACAUUCAAAUAAGUAAUGAAAUGCAUCUUCAUUGUUAUUGUAAAAUGAAUGUUAAGAAGAUUAUUGUUGAUAUACAUGUAUUUAUAUUUCUCAUAGAUUUGUAUGAUAACCACACAUUUUAUACAUAAAAAAUGCAAACAUUUCA